UUUGGGUUUGUGCCUUUUCAACAAAGCGCUUUGUCCUUGUAGGUGAAUUCAAUCCAUUGCGUUCUUCCGCCUCACGAACUAGGGCUGCACAACAGUGAGCGCCAAGCGUGCCCGUCAGGUGUCCUCAGCUUUAAGAUGAAUAGAAAUCUAUUCCCUGAUAAUAGUGACUCUGACUCAGAUCCAUCUCAUGACAGCAAUGAUGAGGAUUUUACAGACAUUGCUAUGUAUUUUGAUGUCGAAAAGUUUGAUCAACUUUCUAAAUUAGAGAAAAGUGCCUUUAUGGCUCAAAAGGCCCGUUAUGACCAGAUGCGCAACAGAUGUCCAGAUUUACCAAUUCAGCCUCCAAAUUUCAUGACAGAGUACAGCAAUAGAAUAUUAAAAAGGAAACAGGCAGCUGACAAAAGUGCAAAGAAGAAAGCUCGCGUGGAAAAACAGAAGGAUAUUUCUUCUCAGCCAAAAAGGACAAGUGGACGGAUCAGACAGGCUGCAGCAGCUAAUUCCACGACCAUUGAUGCCUCAACUGCAGGAGCUGAUGCCACUGAUAUUGAUGAGGUUGACGAUGAUUUAGAUUUUGAGGUAAAAAUCUACUUUACACCUUCUGAGUGGUCUGGAAUGGCGCUAACAGUGAAACGCCAUGCUCAGAAUGCUUUAGAAGAUUAUAAUAAUGCUAAGAGUAAAGGUAUUGACAUGGCCAUUCCGAAGUUCAUGAACAGAGGAAACAAAGAGGCUGCCGGAUCUAGUGGGAGUCAUGCUCAAGAUGCAACAGAUGUGCUCAAAAGCCAAUCAUCAGAAUUGUAUAAAGGCUCUGAGGCUCCUUCAUCCAGUGGAAGUAAUUCCACCCUUCCAGGUUUUCUACACACAUCAAAAGAUAAAUUGCCAAUCUUUAAUAUUGACUUGCCUGGUUGUUCAUUGUGGAGCAGCUCUGGUUCAAACAAAUCUUCUCCUUUUAGAGGAAAGUCUACAUCUUUUAAUUCAGUUAAUAGUCAGAUUAUAAGGAAACCCAUGACUAAAGAUCAAAAUUCAUUUGUAUUAAAUAGUAAUAUUGCCAAUAAUGAUAUGCAGGAUGACAUAAUUAGUAUUACUGAACCAGAAAAUACAGAUGAAACAGACCAGCUGGUAAUCGAUGAGAAUUUGGAUGUUAAGGCUGCAAUUGGAACCGCCAUCAAAAAAGUUGUUCCUAAAAUUCAAGACUCUGUUCUGGCUACUCUAGAAAGUACCCUGGAAUUGAAAGGUGUUGAAUCUGUUGAUGACUUUACUCUCAUCGAUGCCUCAUGGCUACAAGGACAUGGCCUUACUGAGAUUCAAGUGAAAAAAAUCAUGGUAGCAUUUCAAAAUUAUGGAUCUGAUAAAGAAAACAUUGGUGGAAAGGAACAGCAAAAGAAAGCCCAGAAAAAGAAGCCACCCUUACCUUUAAUGAAGCCUGUAGUUGAACAGCCUACCAUAGCAUCCAGACACUCCUUGAGCACAAAAGUAAUCGAAGUUGGAGUUUUGGACCUGCGCAUUGAUUUUAACAAAUUCAGUGAAUCGUUGCUUAGCAGUAUGGGAAAACAGGAAAGACCGUCAGCCUGUGACAGAUUACGAAUGGUUAAUCUCUUAUCCCAUGAUAUAUAUGAUAGAUACAAUGAAGUCAAAAAGAGUAAUCCCUCCUUGCAGAAAACACCAGGCAGAGAUGUUUAUAAAAAAGUAGUGCAGGCCUUGUUUGUUGACUACAAAGCAUGCUUUAAUGACACAUUGAACAGUGUACAAUAUAAGGAUGGCUCAUGGUCUCUAGUAAAUCAAAUCGAGACAUGUGUUGAAAACAUGUACAGGCCAAAUACACCAAGAGGUGAGCGGCAAACUCCUGCAAAGGGAAACAGAAGUGCUGCCUGCAUACUACCCGAGAAGUAUUCUAUAGCAAUGACCAAACAGAUGCAAGGAGAGGCAGAAGCUACUAGAAAAAAUUUACUGUCUAUCUUCAGAUCUCCAAGAGACAAGUGGGACUGGCCUGCUAUAAAGGAAAUGAUGAAGCAUGAACCAAGCUUGGGAGCGCAAAGGGCCUUGAUUAAUUCUAGGACUAGGGACAUUACUUUUAUCACUGAAAAGUGGCCCUUCCUCUCAGAACUAAGUGGACUCAUGUGCCAUCUGGAUGAGAUUACUGGACAAAGUUUACUCGAAAGUUUUGAAAACUUUGUUGAUAAUAGCAUGGAUGACCUUAUCAGCUACCUCAUAGCCAUGUCCCCUCAAAGAGUGAAGUUAAUGAGACUGAAGAAAGAGCUUGACUUUGGCAGUGGGGAGCAUAGGCGGCUUCUUGCUGCAUUAUUCAUGCUUGCUAUCCACUGGAAUGAGGAUGUCUCCACCUUGGCAUCUUUAGUUGAGGAAAAUACAAUGCCACAUGAGGUAGAAGAUGUUAUCAAGUUACCCUCAACACCUCAUAUUGUUGCUUUAGGUACCUCAUUUUACACAACCAAAAAAUUCUUCGUAUUCUUGGAUUGUAAGUGCCUCUGUAGCAACUUAAACAAUGCCUUGGAGGCACUCAUGUGUAUGUGUGCAGCAUAUUUUAUAUUUGGGGUGCUGUAUCCUACUAGUCUAAACAACACGCUGACUUAUUUUGAGAGAAUGGUGGCAAAUUUGUCAGAUGGAACUGGUUUAGUGAAAUCCACAACUGCCAGAGGAGCUCCAGCUCUUUCAAGCUUCAGCAAAGUGAAGAAGUUGCAAGAUGAGAUUGAGCGAUUUCAGAAGGAUCUUCUUGGGGAUGACUAA